AUUCCAUCCGCAGCCCGCCUUAUUCGUCCUACUACAAGCACUAGAGCAAACCCCGCUCUUCUCCCGCCUGUGCACUGCCGGUCCCGACUGCAAUCCUGUAAUUCUAGGCACAGGGUAGCGAGAAUUCGAGCUAGCAAUGGCGGCCGCAGCUAUGACUAGGGCCGGGGGACUCCUCGCCAUGGAGCGCGUGCAGCGCGUGAGCAAGACGACGGGCGCCGUAAGCAAUAGGACAUUUUUGGGUAACGUGAGGGGUCUGCGCGCCACCUCUGCUCCGCAGGCACUGCGAGUGAAGGUCAUGGCUGUCAGGGCUGGAGCUGAGAAGUACCAGGUGAUCGAGCCCCUCAACGGCGACCCUUUCAUCGGUGGGUUCGAGACGCCCGUCACCAGCAGCCCGCUUAUCGCAUGGUACCUGUCGAAUUUGCCCGCAUACCGCACUGCGGUUGCGCCAUUGCUUAGGGGAGUUGAGAUCGGCCUCGCUCACGGAUACCUCCUGGUGGGUCCUUUUGUUUUGGCCGGACCUUUGAGAAACUCUGCCGUCAGGGGCGAAGCCGGAAGUCUUGCCGCUGCAGGUCUUGUGACGAUUCUCACCAUGUGCUUGACGAUCUACGGCAUUGCCUCUUUUAAGGAAGGAGAAGCCUCCAAGGCGCCGAGCCUGACCUUGACUGGAAGGCAAAAGGAGGCCGACAAGCUUCAAACCGCCGAGGGAUGGGCGAGCUUCACCGGGGGUUGGUUCUUCGGUGGAUUGUCGGGUGUGGCCUGGGCAUAUUUCUUGCUCUAUGUAAUCAACCUCCCAUAUCCCGUGAAAUAGAUUCGUGGAUAGUCUUGCCUUAGGCAAAACCACAAUUGUAAACUGGUUCUAUUUCUCUCCUGAGGCAGAGCAUUUUGCUUCCUGUUUAUACAAAUCCUCUUGCCUGUGCGUCUCCAUA